AUGUCGCCGCCGCCGACAAUUUCCAAACAAGAACUUUUGUCCAAUUUCGACACUUUUGUUUUCGAUGCGGACGGAGUUUUAUGGACGGGUGAUAUUCCGGUGCCAGGAGCCUCGGAUUGGAUCAAUUUGCUUCUCGAUGAUCCAAAUAAGGCUGUUUUCAUCACCACCAACAAUUCGACAAAAACGUUGGACCAAUAUAUGUGA